GCCUAUUGUUUCUAUUGACGAGCAAGCUUCACAAAAAGAACAAGACAAGAUGAUUAGCAACAAAUUGUCAUGGAUACACCAGAUGGAGAAUGAUGAACGACUACUCACUACGUUUGAAGGGCAAUCCGCGCUCGAGGACAAGGAGCUCGUCUUGUGACUUGACAGAGCAAGGCAGAAGCGGCAGGUUAUUUCAUCGAAUAGUUUAUGUGCAGUCCAAGAAUCAAUGUGCUGAAUAUUCAAUGUCCAGGCAGACUCGUAUAUUUCACAUAUAAUCAAACAGUUACCUCCAAGAUUUUGUCCCUUUGUUGCCGGCCGCAAUAUUCUAUUCCCAAAACCCGUCAUUUUUAAUCCGUUUCCAAUCAUUCAUUCGCCUACACUUCAAGCCCAUGUUUACCAUUAUUUCGACUGAGAGAAAAAACACACUUGAUACCACUCUGAAAGCUGCAAUCUUUUUGCAUUUUCGUUGUUUUGGUUUUUGGUUAGUUAUCAAAUGAAGAGGUAUAGGAAUGGAGAAAUCUGGGAUUUUGAGCAUGAUGUAAACAUGGUUGCUGCUGCUCAUUGCAAUGGGGGUAAAAAUGAUAGUAAGUUCUUGAAUUAUGGUGUUAAUGGCAGAAAAGUCAUACUGGGUAUAGAUGGUGGGACCACCUCCACUGUGUGCAUAUGCAUGCCUUUGAUACCCUUUACUCAGCCGCUGCCCGACCCUCUGCCCGUCCUUGCUCGAUCUGUAGCUGGCUGUUCCAACCACAACAGUGUUGGAGAAUCUGCUGCGAGAGAGACUUUAGAGCAAGUUAUGGCAGAUGCUCUUGCAAGGUCAGCUUCAACUCGUUCUUCUGUUGAAGCUGUUUGUCUUUCGGUCUCUGGUGUUAACCACCCAACUGAUCAGCAUCGCAUAAUUAAUUGGCUCAGAGAAAUAUUCCCCAGUCAUGUUAGGUUAUUUGUUCAGAAUGAUGCCGUGGCUGCUUUAGCCAGUGGGACAAUGGGAAAGCUUCAUGGAUGUGUCCUUAUAGCUGGUACAGGUACAAUUGCUUAUGGGUUCACUGAAGAUGGAAGAGAAGCUCGGGCUGCCGGUGCUGGACCUGUUUUAGGUGACUGGGGAAGUGGGUACGGUAUAGCUGCACAGGCACUGACUGCUGUAAUAAGGGCUCAUGAUGGUCGUGGUCCAGAGACUACACUUACACAUAGUAUUCUAGAUACACUUAAUCUCUCUUCACCAGAUGAACUUAUAGGGUGGACCUAUGCAGAUCCAUCUUGGGCUCGGAUAGCGGCUCUUGUUCCUGUUGUGGUUUCUUGUGCAGAUGCCGGCGAUCCUGUUGCGAACAACAUCUUACAUGACGCAGUGCAUGAGUUGGCUUCAAGUGUGAGAGCUGUUGUUGAGAGAUUGGAGCUAUGUGGUGAAGAUGGCAGAGAUCCUUUUCCUCUUGUAAUGGUUGGUGGUGUUCUGGAAGCCAAUAGGAGAUGGGACAUUGGUAAUGAAGUAAUCAGUUGCAUCUCCGGGGACUUCCCUGGCGUUCUUCCAAUUCGUCCGAAGGUCGAGCCUGCUGUAGGUGCUGCAUUGCUUGCUUGGAACUUUCUGAUGAGACAACGUCAUCAGGAAGCACUAGGAAGAUAACCACACAUCACUUGUACAGCAACAAGUCAUACAAAAUGUAGUGUACAAAAGAGUGUUCCUCACUGUUUUGACGUAUGUUUGUUUAAUUGUUUCCGAUCUUUCAUAUUACUGAACAGGGAGUCUUGUUCAGAGGUAAAAUUAAGGUCAGAUUGGUAGAAGCGAAUUUUGGUAGUCGUGUUUAUGUUUAUGUAUAGCGAAUCGGUUGUCUAAGUUGUUCUACCGGUGGCAUGCAUUUUCAAUCGAACAUUCAUGAAACGUGAAGUCGAUCUCUAUUUGUUA